CAGGGAGUGCAAAUCGUCUGCCACUUUUGGGAAGACAAAUUAGAGAAAAUUAGCUAGAAUUAAGUUUAAAAGUGUUUGGGAUUGUCCGUAAAAGUCGCAUAAAGUGCCAGUCCGCCGGUUGUGAGUGUAGUGCUAUGUGAAAUCCGUAUCGAAAUGAAUAAAUCGUGAGUUUUCUCCUCGUCACAUUCGGGAAGGUAGAAAAUGCGUCAUUAGGGAAGCAAAAAUCGCCAAUCGAUAAUCGCUCUGCAGGAGGUGCUGCUGCUACUAGGGUGGGGGAAAAGGGUGUCCUAAUUUCAAGGGACGACUGCAAAUAAAUUCAGCUGCACAAGCAAAAGGGCGUUCCGUACGUAGGAAAUAAAGGAAACGGUGUCGAUUGCAAUGAGAUUCAACAAACAUGAACUGAUUACUUUGGCCACACAACCGAGCAACAAGUUCGACAAGGAAGGACCACUCUAUGUGACCGAAAAGCAGGAGGGAUUCUUCCGGAAGACUGAAGGCGAAGAGGCCAAUAAUAGCAACCAAAUCAUCCACGGCGGUAAGACUCAUCACAAGCGCAAACAGUCGCUCAGUUGCAUUGGUGGUACCACGAAAGUCAGCCUCGAAAAGUGGUGCCGUCUGCGGGGCAAUCUGCUGUUCUACUUCAAAACCGCCGACCAAUUCUCGGAACCGCAGGGAUGCAUCGUGCUGGAGAAGUACCGCUGCGCUAGGCACGGCGACCAGAAGGAGUACGACGGUUACGUGUUCUAUCUGGAAUUUGAGGACGGCCUGCGGCAGCGAUUCGCCACCAACACCGAACAGGAGCGGCUAGAAUGGAUGCAGGCGAUCGGUCUGGCCGGGUACGACGUUAAGCGGGCUCAGUUGAAGUACCUGAGGGAACAGAUCGACAAGAAGCGUGGCACGAUUCACGACGUGGACGUCGACAUGCUGCGAUUGCAGACCGGCAAAGAGAUAGAGCUCAACGAAGUUCCGAUCUGCGAGUCGGCCAUCUCCUGUGACAAUCUACUCUGUGACGGCAAUGGAAAACCACCGAAUCCAUCGGUCGUAGUACAGGUCACUUCGAACAACCGAGCCGGCAGUGGUUGGGUCAAGUACGGUCGAACGGAGGUCAUCAAUCGAAGCUCGAAUCCCCAGUUCAUCUGCACCAUAACGUUCCGAGCCGGUGAUGGGCUGAAUGCGAAAUCGCAGAUCCGUUUCACGGCGUACGAUGUGCGCGAGAAGGUCACCCAGACUGCGGUGCCGAUCGGGUGGGCAGAAGUAGCCCUUGGGGUUAUAACGGACACUUCGCGGCUGAGGAUACCGCUGCGGACGCAGAGUCCGUGCGGAGGGAAUGCUGGAUUUAUCACGAUCGCGACGUGUGCACCGGAUUUGGAGAAGAAGACGUCGCGAUCACCGGCCAAAGGUGGCAUGGAUCAUCAAUAUCAGCAACAGCAUCAGCAGCAGCAACAGCAGGCGAUCGGGCACCGGAGAUCGCAAUCGUUGCCACCGAAGCUGGGCGUGAAGUUGUUCAUUCCGCCGCCCUCGAAGGUGGCGCUGAUGUUUAUCAACCCGAGUAUCCACACAUAUCGCUUGCAUUCCGGAUUGGGCGGGGACAUCAGUGUUCAGGAGAUCAUGCUCGAAAGCCAGCUGUGCUACAUCAUCCCGCAGCAGUUGCUCUCCAUCUGGAUCGCCCGCGAAAAGGAACUGCUGCAGGAAAUCUCCGGCAUGGGCGAGCUGGGUGGCGAGUGGCGCCACCGGCAGAUGGAACUACUGGACAAGCAUCUCAAACUGCUCAAGGACUACUCGCAGGCGAAGCAGUUCCUGAAGCAGCAGCAACAGCAGGGGAAGUACUUCAAGGCUAGCUGCAAGAAGAGCGAUGAGACGGUGGAGUUUGCUCCGGUGAAUCUGCACCUCCAGCGGAUGUGGGCUCACAACGAUACGCUGAAGCGGGCCGGGGUUCUGGAUGUAACGACGGUGGGGGCAUUCACCCGACACACGGGCAAGUCCAAGACGGGAGGAUUGAUCAAGCUACUUCAGCAGAUCAAGGACUUGAAUGCCAAGGAUGGUGGGAACUCGGAGAAAGUGGCCGCAGCGAACGACGCCGUACAGGCCAUCAAACAACUCCGGAAGGAGAUCGUGGAGAUCAUGUCGCAGUUGCUCUAUCUGGCCAAGUCCAAGAACCCAAAGGGGAUGCUUCCGCUGUGCACCGACAUGAUGACCAAAACUCGAGCUUUACUCAACAUUUGGGAACCGAAUCUGGUGGAGGAGGCUUUUGCAUUCAUCGAACGUCACCGGAUAAUCGAAGAUCCGCUGCAAUCGGUUGAGGGCAGUUCCUGUGGAAACGGAUCUUCCAUUCCGAUGUCACCGUUCAAGAAGAUUACCCAACAACUGGGUGCUCUGGAUCUGAAAAGUCCCGAGCUGGAGGAUUUUUCCACGCCGAUGGGACCGGCUCCGGAUUUGUGGCCGCAGGUUCGGACCAGCAAAUCCGGCGUUUUGGGAGCCUUUGGAAGUAGCACAAAAUCCAAGUCGCCAUCCUCGGUCGAUGUGAGCACAAUCGCAACGAUCCAGAGCACUUUCAAUCAAAUGAGCAAUAGCAAAUCGAAGGACUAUUUGAUGUCCUGUUCACUUCCGGCGGCGUGUUACCUCCCGACAGAGCAGCCGAAGGAAUCCAAGUUGAAAAAAUCUACCCCAACGGAAGCGACAGCUUCCGGAAGUGAGCUCAAGUUUAGUGAAACACAUUUCGAUGUCAACGGGGAGGUUACGACGUUGACACCGGCCGCCACACCGGUGGAAUGUUCCGUGAAAUCUCCGGAAGUGGAGAAAGCGGAGGAAGCGACUCCGGAAGGUUCUCGAUCAGGGCUAUCCGUCAAUCAGCUGCUGGAGAACAAAAACGAGCUGCUAUCGAAUGUGUACGAUGAGAACGGUUAUCUGAUUGAGAAUACGGCCAUUGUCUUGGGUCACAAUGGGGCGUUCCUGGAUACGAAGGUGAUGAGCUCGAGUCCUUCUGCGAACUAUUAUCGACCGACGGAGGAACCGGAACCGCUAGAUCUAACCCAGCUGAACAUCGAAGCCAGUGUGAUGUGUCUGGUUAGUAAGGUUAAGUUUCUUUGUGGUCGCUGCGGGAGUCCAGCUGUUCGGCUGCGGCAACCAAAGGGGUCCAUCAAGUCCGGUCGGGGAGUUCCGUUUGGGGCGUUACCGCCGGAUGUGGUGACCAGUCAGCCGCUGUCAUUGCCUUGUGCUGACGAAGGGCAGGAACUGGACAAGGAUCCUACGGAAAUUCCCGGGGGGAGUUUCCCGAAGGAUCUUUUACCAGGUCCCUCCGGGAAACCUCCGCUCUGCAGCAAGGAUCUGAACCUGGCCUUGACUCAGGCGGUAGGUGAAGUUACGCGCAAAGUUAAGAAGGGUAACAAGUUUACGGACGGUUUGGAUCUGUCCCUUACCACGGAUUGGGCGUCGGAACUGCGACCUUCGAUGAAGAAGCUCCGGCAAGCUAUGGAUGGGUUGCUGAAGACGGCGCGGCUCAUGCAUUCCGUUCAACGGCUUCAGCAGGACAUGAAGAAGACUUCCACCGUUUUGGCCGUUAUGUAUCGGAGAGAUGUGUGUUUCUCGCAGGCUUUGACUUCGUUGGUUUCCGCUCUGAUGGCGAAGCUCUGGGGGCAGAACGUAACGGAGAACUACAUCGGGUUGUUGUGCAAUCUCGGGCCGUUGGCUUGCUUCGAAGGAUUUCUGUCACUGUAUGGGAGCGAAGCGGACAUGUGGGGCGACAUGGGUGUGGCCAUUACGGAUCUGGGAUCGGUGAGCUUUACGCUGGUCCGGAGUAAUAUCCAGAGGGACUCGAAAGCGGUUCCGAUACCGAGGGUGAUCGGUUCCAGGCAGAAGAUGACUGUUCUGCUACCAGUUCCGGAAUCGGUGUUUUGCCAUCUACCGACGAAGGAGAGCACAAGCUUUAAGGUCACUCCGGUCUUUUUCAACAUCGGCAUCAACGAAAAGGCAACGCUGGCGGAAACCUUGGGCUACACCAAGGAGCAACACCGCUCCAACUGGGACAACUACGAUCGACUGAAGCAAUACCACGUGCGGUACAAACAGAUCCCCUUCAACUUUAUCAACCCUUCCUGUUCGGCGGCUCUGGAUACUCCAACGAAAACCGGCCUAGCGACCACCCAACAGAAGGAAGUCCUGGUGCCGGAACACGCCGUCGCAACUCUGUUCGGUGAUAUGGAAGAGCAGCUGAGGGCGAAUAGUUCGAAGAACUAUCGAAUAUUGACAUUGGCGGAGGACAUUACCCGGUCGAUGCAGGGAUUGAGGUUUACCUCGUGUAAAAGUGCCAAGGAUCGGACCUCGAUGGGCGUCACGCUGGAACAGUGCCGGGUGCUGCAGCAGGAGUUCCACCUAUCGAGUGCCAAUGCGCAGAUUGUUCUGGAUACGAUGCGAAGCGAAGGAACCCGUUCGGACAAUACCAUGAAGAACAUUGGCCUGCGGAAGUAUGCCUUCAAUUUGCCGCAGGUUCUGUCGCUGCCACAGGUUUACCGACCUCCGGCCGGUGCCUACGGAAAGGCCCAAUCGUAAGUCAAUUUCCUUGGGUUUCCAACCAGCAAAAUGGUAUGUGUAUGUUUGUGUGUGCGUGUGUAUGUUUAUAACUUCUUCCAAGCCAAAAUGAGGUUAGUUUGUGUAAUGGAAAUCACGGUAGGAACAGCAGCAGGAGCGGCAGUUGAUUCUUAUAGCAAAUCUAUUCUAUUAUUUAACAAAUUUUACUGAUUUACUAAUGCAACACAGCCACCGCGCAAUUUUUCUUAGCGUUUAAGUAAGAUUCUCCUCGUACUAAAUCGUUGUUAAUGUUGAAAGGUAUGAUUAAUUUAUUGAAACAAAAAAAACCAUAAUACUUGUCACGUUUUAUCUGCUUCCGAAGUAAGAUUUUAAUCAGUUUUAUCGACCUCAAGUUUUGUUACGAACCUAUAUAAACAACCCUGUAACCCUUUACAAACUUUGCAUUGAUAAGUAGUUGUUACGAACCAUAUAAAAUGCUAACCAAAUAAUCCACUCUCGAAUGAAAGUUAAUUAUUGUUUUGAUUCUGCCCGAUAGGAAGGGGAAAAAUCCGGAAAGUGAAGUUAGAAUAGUCUGAAAGUAAUUAGACUGAAACCGAUUUCUCACAGAACAUAAUCGAAAACACGCAUCAAAAAUCAACCUUGAUAGACUUGAAUGGGGUCAUUGUGCCGUAGUUAGAAGUGCUGUUCAAUUGACGGUAGUAUGAUAAACAAUUGGAUUGCACCGGAAAUGUGCCAAAUUUAUUUAGAUUUUUUUUUCCCGUCAAAAAUAUUAUUCUCUAAGGUUAAAAAGAAAAUUGGAACGGAUCAAAAUUUUGAGACAAAUAAAUAUCACCACAAGGUUUUAAUAAAUGAUACGAAAACUCAAUUAAGCAACUAAAACUAUAACCAAUAUAAACCAGAACAAAUGUUAUUACCAGGUACACAAUUAGGCAGACACUUUUUCGAAAGGUACAGCAAAUUUUUAUAACGGAACAUAUUAUUGGCAAAACAAAAGCAGUACUUAGACCGACACCUGAAACUUUGUGGCAGUGAGAGAGGUUCAACCGCUUCCCGAAUUGGUCAAAUUUGCAAUAUAUGGCGGGGAAGUCGAAGAAGAAGUAUUACGAGAACCGAAUAAAUUAGUGCAAAGUGAAGCAGUUUACUGGAAAAUUGAAGCAA